GAUGCCACCAGCAGUUCCAGCCGCAGCUGCAACAGCCCGACAAUCGGCUUCCGGUCGCGAGCGCAAUUUCAAGGAUAAGGACAAGCCAGAGAGUGUUCGCAAUAGUAACAUCGUUGCUGCAAAAGCUGUUGCUGAUGCCGUCCGUACAUCCUUGGGUCCAAGAGGAAUGGACAAAAUGAUUCAGUCCGGGAAUGGGGAUGUUACCAUCACCAAUGACGGGGCUACCAUCUUGAACCAAAUGAGUGUCAUUCAUCCAACUGCUAAGAUGCUCGUCGAACUUUCAAAAGCUCAAGAUAUCGAAGCUGGAGAUGGAACAACUACUGUCGUUGUUAUGGCUGGAGCUCUUCUUGAUGCUGCUCAGAACCUGCUUUCUAAAGGUAUUCAUCCAACUACCAUUUCUGAAUCUUUCCAAAGUGCUGCUGCCGAAGCUGAAAAGAUUCUUGACGAAAUGAGUUCACCAGUCGAUUUGUCAAAUGACGCUCUGCUCAACAAGAUGGCUACAACAUCGUUGAACUCGAAGGUUGUUUCUCAACACUCAUGGUUGCUCGCACCUAUGGCAGUUAAUGCUGUCAAGAAGAUCAUCAAUUCAGAGAACGAUUCCAAUGUCAACCUGAAAAUGAUCAAGAUCAUCAAGAAAAUGGGAGACACGGUUGAAGAAUCCGAACUCAUCGAAGGAGCUCUCAUUGAUCAGAAAACCAUGGGACGUGGUGCUCCAACAAGAAUUGAGAAAGCCAAGAUUGGACUCAUUCAAUUCCAGAUUAGCCCCCCAAAAACUGACAUGGAAAAUCAAGUUAUUAUCACUGAUUAUGCUCAAAUGGAUCGUGCUUUGAAGGAAGAACGUCAAUACUUGCUAGAAAUUUGCAAGCAGAUUAAAGCUGCUGGUUGUAAUGUUCUUCUGAUUCAAAAGAGUAUUCUUAGAGAUGCUGUCAACGAACUCGCCUUGCAUUUCCUCGCCAAAAUGAAGAUCAUGUGCAUCAAAGAUAUUGAAAGAGAGGAUAUCGAGUUUUAUUCAAGAAUUCUCGGUUGCCGACCAGUUGCCUCUGUCGAUCAUUUUAAUGCUGAUGCACUCGGAUAUGCUGAUCUUGUGGAAGAGAUUCCAACUGGAGGAGAUGGAAAGGUCAUCAAGGUGACUGGUGUUCAAAAUCCAGGACAUGCUGUCUCUAUUCUUCUUCGUGGAUCAAACAAGUUGGUGCUUGAGGAGGCUGACAGAUCUAUCCACGAUGCUCUUUGUGUGAUUCGAUGCCUGGUUAAGAAGAAGGCUUUGUUGCCAGGAGGUGGAGCUCCAGAGAUGGAAAUCGCUGUAAAACUCCGAAAUCUGGCACAAACCCAACACGGAGCUACGCAAUACUGCUGGAGAGCAUUUGCUGAUGCACUUGAGCUCAUUCCAUACACACUUGCCGAAAACGCAGGAUUGUCACCAAUUCACACUGUUACGGAGUUGAGAAACAACCAUGCUAAUGGAAACAGUUCCUAUGGAGUAAACGUACGCAAGGGAUAUGUCACAGAUAUGGUUGAAGAAGAUGUUGUGCAGCCACUUCUUGUUACAGCAUCAGCUAUCAAGCAAGCAUCGGAAUGUGUUCGAUCAAUUCUCAAGAUUGAUGACAUUGUCAUGGCUGUCCGCUAAUCAAUACCUACGAUUGACAAAGACAGUUCAUAAUACUUCCUGCUCUACCGCCUGACGAAAAUUGUUACUUUAUGGUUUUGCUUCAUCCCAAUAAGGUCUCUUAAGAUGAUGUCAAGUUUUAAUUGCCCAUCAUGUGUGUUUAAUACCCGUAAAUGUUUUGCUGCUUUUCCGUUUGCAUCCUAUCCCGUUUUUUUCUGUUUUCAGUUUUGAUAAAGAAAUGCCUUCAACCG